AUGCUGCCCUGGCGCAGGAACAAAUUCGUGCUGGUGGAAGACGAGCGCCAAGGCAAAGGCAAGAGCCUGGGCCCGGGGCUGAGCUACGCCUCCCUGCUCGCCAGCUUCGUGCGCUCCUGCCCGGACCUGCUGCCCGAGUGCCCGCUGGAGCGGCUGGGCAGCGUGUUCCGCAGCCGGCGGCACAAGGUGGAGCUGAACCAGGAGGACCCCACCUACACGGCCUGGUACCUGGGCAACGCGGUCACGCUGCAGGCCAAGGGCGAGGGCUGCACGGACGAGGCGGUGGGCAAGAUCUGGGCCAAGAGCGACGGCGGGGCCAGCGGCACCAAGGUGAAGCUGACGCUGGGGGCGCACGGCAUCCGCAUGGCCCCCUGCGAGAAGCGGGGCGGCGGCGGGCGGCGGCCGGGCCAUGCCUACCUGCUGCGCCGCAUCACCUACUGCGCGGCGGACGGCCGCCACCCCAAGCUCUUCGCCUGGGUCUACCGGCACCAGGUGAAGAACAAGGCCGUGGUGCUGCGCUGCCACGCCGCGCUGCUCUCCAAGGCGGAGAAGGCGCGGGCCGUGGCGCGGCUGCUCUACCAGACGGCCAGCGCCGCCUUCAGCGACUUCAAGCGCCUGCAGAGACAGAACGACGCCCGGCGCCUCCAGCGCCAGCGCCUGGGCGACUCCAUCGUCCCGCUGGUGCCCAUCCGCAAGCUGCUCAACGGGCAGUGCCCCUACCGGUCCCCCGCCGACCGGAGCCGCGGCGCCCGCCGGCUCAGCUCCAUCCUGGAGGAGGAGGAGGAGGAGAACCUGGGCACCUCCCGCAACAACGCGCCCUCGGGCAGCCUCAGCCUGGCCACCGGCUGCAACCAUCCCGCUCCGGCCCCCCAGCGCCGGGAGCGGGCCGAGGUGCUGACUUUAGCCCGGGAGAUGAGGGGCUGGAGCCUCCAGAGCCCACCGCCCUGGAAGCCCGCCCAAGAGAGGCCCUGCUUGUCGGGCUGCUGA